AUGGAGCCGACUGAAGACAGCCCCCUUCUUCCCGGGGGAGCUGCAGCCUCUGAGGCCGGGCGAACCACCGAUCCGGAGCUCUUGAAGCACGAUCUGCUGUACCAACGCUUCAAGCCCACCGAAAAAAGAGUCAUCGUCGCCCUCAUCUCGUGGGCCGGUUUCAUUCCGUUUCUUACGUCGGGUUCGUUUAUCCCUUCGAUCCCGCAAAUUGCGCGCGACUUGGACACGACUGGCCCAGUAAUCAGCCUGGCCGUCAGUCUCUCGCUGGCCACCGCGUCGCUCGGCGGUCUCACCUGGGCAUGCUACUCUGGGGGCUUCGGACGGCGCUUCGUAUACCUCCGCUCUUUACCAUGCAUGUGCAUCGGCUCGGCUGGCGUAGCAAUGUCGCGCACUAUCCCCGAGCUCAUGUUCUGGCGCGUCGUCCAGGCAUUCGGCGCCUCCAGCGGCAUGUCUGUCGGUGCCGGGGUCAUCGGCGACAUCUACAGGCUCGAGGAGCGUGGUACUGCCAUGGGUAUCUUCUUUGGGGCAACACUCGUCGGACCUGCAGUUGCGCCGCUCAUGGGCGGAAUAGCGACGCACUACGCGUCUUGGCGACACGCCCAGUGGGCCCUCAUGGUCAUGGGUCUCAUGGCACUCAUCCCAGUAUACCUCUGGCUGCCGGAGACGCUCAACCCGGAGAAACUGGAGCGGGUGAAGCGGGAGCGUUUGAGCAUAUUCUCGAUGAACCCGUUCGCCAACCUCUUGGUCUUGCGCAGUCCUAACAUUCUCCUGCUUACAUUAGCGGGCACCGCAGCACUGAUCACCGACUUCGUCAUGAUGGUCCCUCUGGCUUACACGAUCGGGAAACAAUAUGGAAUCACCAACGAAGCUCUUAUUGGCGCCUUCUUCCUGCCCACUGGCGCUGGGAACUUCAUCGGUGCUCCCAUUGCGGGCCGUCUCUCCGACUGGACUGUCGUUAAAUGGCGAAAGGCCAGAGGAGGAGUCUGGGUCCCGGAGGACCGUCUGCGCGCGUGUAUCUGGGGCUCGGCUGUCUUCGUGCCCCUGUCUGUGUUGCUGUCCGGCCUGACGACCACGUUUGUCCCCGGCACUCCCGGGAUCGUUCUGAACCUCGUGUGGCUGUUCAUGAACGGCAUCGGCGUCGACCUGGUGCUCACCCCGAUGUCGUCGUACUACGUCGACAUCAUGCACUCGCGCAGCGCCGAGACCUUCGCAGCGAGCGCGUCGUUCCGGGCGUUGAUCAUCGCGUUCGUGACUGCGGGCACGUUGCCUCUGAUCGACACGGUCGGCGUGGCAUGGACGGACGCGAUCUUCUCCUUCGUCGCGUGGAUCGGCUUUGGCAUCACCAUGCUGGUGAUUUGGUAUGGCGACCGCAUGCGGGCGUGGUUGGACCUCGGCUUCACCACCACGGACCGGGACAACUGA